UUCCUCCUCCUCCUCCUCCUCCUUCAUAUACCAUCCUCAAAGGUUUCAGCUUCUUCGGCGCCACCUCUGUGUCUCUGUCUUCUCUCUCUCUCUCUCUCUCUCUCCAUCAUGGAUUCUUCCUCCGACGUGAAGGCAACGCUGGGCGAUCUCGACAGGGGAUCGUUUACGACCCUCCUCUCGAAGCUCAUCGGAGAGGCCCGAUACGUCCAGAACAACCCUCCCGAUUUGAUUCCCCAGGAGGACAGGAUCGUCAAGCACGUCCUGGACUCCCUCCUUCCCCUCAGCACCUCCACUGGCGGCGGUCCCCUCGUGGUGAACCACGUCACCUACCACACCAACAGGGGCAACCUCAUCGUGGAGUACCCGGGGACUGUGCCCGGGAAGAUCUUGUCCUUCGUUGGGAUGCAUAUGGAUGUUGUCACGGCUGAUCCUAGUGACUGGGAGUUUGAUCCUUUCUCAUUGGGCAUUGAUGGGGAUAAACUCCGUGGUCGUGGAACGACGGAUUGUUUGGGACACGUUGCCCUGGUAACUGAACUUAUGAAGAGGUUGGGGGAAACUAAGCCCAAACUGAAGUCAACCGUAGUUGCUGUUUUCAUUGCUAGCGAAGAAAAUUCUUCCAUUCCAGGCGUGGGUGUGGAUGCUCUCGUGAAAGAUGGAUUGCUUGAUAAGCUGAAGGAAGGCCCUUUAUUUUGGAUUGACACUGCUGAUAAACAACCUUGCAUUGGUACUGGUGGUAUGAUUCCUUGGAAACUGAAAGCUACGGGAAAGCUUUUCCACAGUGGUUUAGCACAUAAGGCUAUAAAUCCUCUGGAGCUGGCCAUGGAGGCACUGAAAGAGAUUCAGACAAGGUUUUACAAUGAUUUUCCUCCACAUGCCAAGGAGCAGGUCUAUGGAUUUGCUACUCCGUCAACAAUGAAACCAACCCAGUGGUCUUAUCCUGGGGGCGGAAUCAAUCAAAUUCCAGCUGAGUGCACGAUUUCUGGAGAUGUCAGAUUGACACCAUUCUACAAUGUAACAGAUGUUAUGAAGAAGCUGCAGGAAUAUGUCGAUGACAUAAAUGGUAACAUAGAGAAAUUAGAUUCACGGGGUCCAGUGUCAAAGUAUGUCUUACCUGAUGAGAAUCUGAGGGGAAGCCUUAGUAUAAGUUUCAAUGAGCCAAGUUCUGGGGUUGCUUGUGAUCUUAAUUCACAUGGCUAUCAUGUAUUAUGCAAAGCAACCGAAGAGGUUGUGGGCCAUGUGAAGCCUUACUCAAUUACCGGAACCCUGCCUCUCAUCAGGGAACUGCAGGAUGAAGGCUUUGACGUUCAAACUGCAGGAUAUGGCCUAAUGGCAACAUACCAUGCGAAGAACGAGUAUUGCCUCUUUUCUGAUAUGAGCCAAGGCUACCGUGUGUUUGUCAGCGUCAUCUGCCAAUUAGAAGAUUGACUCUUGACAUGAAGACGUAAAAAGAUCAUACCGUCAGAUUAUUGCCUACAAGAAUUUAGUCCAAUAACAACAAAAAUUCCCAAGAGGUUUUUUUUUUUUCUUUUCUUUUGAUAGGUAAAUUUGAACACAGAGUUUGUCAAUCCAUAUGGAGAGCUGUUGAACAAGGUUUUGCUUCCCUAUAUUGCUUAUGCACCAUCAGUUUCGCUAGAAUGAACUUGGGAAUUAUAAGAUUAUGUCGCAUAAUAUUGUGUCC